AUGGACGAAUAUUGUUAUGGGAUAGAUUCUGAAAUAAAUUCUAGCAGACUAUCAGAAUUUUCGUCCUUUAUAAAUGAGGGUGUUGAGGGAGACCUUACAAAUAAUUUCACAACAAAUGAAAUAUUUUCCUCUCGUGAAAACUUAAUUGAAUGGGUAAGAGGGAUUGCAUAUAAUCUAGGAUUUGUUGUGGUGACUAUAAGAUCCGAUAAAGCUAUCGGUCAACCUGAGAGGAAGACAUUUGUGUUGCUAGGAUGUGAAAGAGGCGGAAAAUUUAGAAAAUACAAAUCAGACCAACCUAGUACAUAUGGGACCCGAAAAUGUGAGUGUCCUUUCCAGUUAAGGGGCAAGCCAUCUAGUAAUGGCGAUGGAUGGGUAUUGCAAGUGAUAUGUGGAUACCACAACCACGAUUUAGCAGAAACUUUAGUGAGGCAUCCUUAUUCUGGUAGGUUAAAUUCUACUGAACAACCAAUACUUGUUGAUAUGACUAAAACCCAAGUAACACCGACAAAUAUUUUGUUGACCCUGAAACAAAAUAAUGAUCAUAAUGUAACUACAAUAAAACAAGUUUACACAGAAGGUAUACAUACAAACACUCAUUCAAAGGGUCAAGAACUGAAGUUGUUAGUGACCUCUUUUGGACGCAUCCUGAUGCAGUCAAGUUAUUGA